AUGAUGGAUGAGUCGAGGAAGGGGAAGAAUAUCAAGUCAGCAUUUGAUAGCACUACAUUCGAGGCGGACGUAUCGAUUCAUGUGGAGCGCAAAGUUGGUUCCGCUACCAUCUCACCCUCUGGACGAGAUGUUGCACUUGCGUCUACCGAUGGACUCGAUAUAAUCGACCUCGAUCAUCCUUUAAACCCUCCGCGCCAUCUCCGCCAUGGACUUCCUUGGCUUGUUGCAGACGUGCAGUGGUCUCCCUUUGCCGCACGAGAGAAUUGGGUUGUCAGUACUGCAAAUCAAAAGGCUUUGGUAUGGAAUUUAAACAUGCCAGAAGACUCUUCUCAAGGGGCUAUCGAGCACACGCUACAUGGGCAUACAAGGGCGAUCACGGACAUUAACUUCUCGGCACACCAUCCUGACAUGCUUGCAACAUGCGCUGUGGAUGGUUAUGUACAUUGCUGGGACUUGCGUCGUCCUAGACAGCCGGUCCUGACAUUCUGUGAUUGGUUCGCUGGUGCAACACAAGUCAAAUACAAUCGGCAAGACUCUCACGUCCUUGCGUCUUCCCAUGAUCGAUGGUUAAGGAUAUGGGACGACCGCAAAGGAGCGGCGCCGAUGCGAUCCAUUAAUGCCCACGAGUCAAAAAUCUAUGGUGUUGAUUGGAACCGAACCCGGUCCACAGGUGUUGUGACAUGCUCCUUGGACAAAAGCAUCAAGUUCUGGGAUUAUUCGAAUGAUGUUGACGAGCCCGAGCGUAUCAUUAGAACAGACUUCCCCGUGUGGCGAGCUCGUCACACGCCUUUUGGAUGGGGUGUUCUGGCUAUGCCGCAAGAUACUCCUGGAAACCUGCAUCUUUAUGAUCGUCGCCUAGGCAGUGGGGAUCAGGAUGCCUUCUCGCAAGCAGUGACGACUUUUCCCGGGCAUGGGAAUUCGAAGGUUAAAGAGUUCCUAUGGAGAAGUCGAGGCAGUAUCACAGAUGAAGGCAUUGAUAACCGAGAAUUCCAGUUGGUAUCUUGGGGAGAGGAUAAUCAAUUGAGACUGCAGCAUGUAGAUCCGGAAACGCUAAAGGGAGUCGGUUUCGUCAAAGGCACUCAAGUCAGAAAGAAGCUCAACGUCACGCGCAAAGGUGCCGUGUACAAGACAUUCCGUACAGUAGAAAGCACUCCAACCGAAAAACGGGCUGCCACAAUUACAGGACCCCGACCUGGAAGCUCCGGGCUGAAAAUCAGUGCUCUGAGUGUUGGCAUGAAGAAGCUGAAUCUGCCUCAUUCUUCACGCAGCAAUUUGGCCUUACGAGCGCCUGCCAUGAAAGGCAAAGAGAAGUUGACUAAACAAGAUGAUCAAAACCAGAAACAAAUCGGGUGGAUGAGCGGGAUCAAGUUUACAGCAAAAAGUGAGAAUGCUGCCUCUCAGAAACGGCCCACAUCGAGGCGUUUAUCUCUACUUAACCCCGAGUUUGAAGAAGACGCAGACUGGGAUCAGCCAGAGUCUCUCCAUGACGAGAUCAUUAGAAUCCACGACCAACUGCCUAAGAUCACUUUUGAGGAUGUUGACAUGGACAAGCGAACUGUCGUUGCUUCGAUGAAUGGACCAUGGGGCGAUGACGGCAAUGCUAUCUACAUUAAGGUGACCAUAGUAUUUCCGGAGCAAUACCCUGAGUCCAAAGCACCGAGCUUUACCUUGGGAAAGACUUCUCUUAUGCCAGAUGAUGUGUAUGCGAGGCUCAAACGAGAAGUACAUCAAAUUGCGGCUGGCUUCGUUUCACGGAAGCAGGGUUGUUUGGAUGCAGCUCUGUGCUACCUCCUUGGAGAAGUUGAUCUGGAGACUAGCACCACAUUUUUCAAGGACGUCGGCGAUUUGGAUGAUGAUAUGGACGCUCUUGCCGACGAAAGUUCUAGCGACGAUGACGAUGACGAUAUCCCUGCUGCAAUAGCAUCUCAAGAGAUUGGGCAGAGUGCAACGGGAGGCUCAACCGCGCCGAGAAAUACUAAUGCUAACGUUCCUCUACCUCGACUCUGCGGAGCACGUUUCUCUGCAAAUGGAAAGCUGGUGUGCUUCUUCCCCCCUAAGGAAGACAAAGUCAAGUCACUCUUGGAAACCCUGGUUGCAAAGAAUAAUGCACGUUCGAAGGGCGAUCCAGUAUUUGAGACAUUUGGCCGUCUGAACAACAAUACUUCGCCAAUACCCCGGAUCAAAGCAAUGUCGCUCGCUUCCGAGAGUAAAACUGACUCUGAUACAUCGGAUGAUUCUGACGUGUCUUCCUCGAGUGACUCCGAUUCUUCUCACUUCCGCAUUCCUCGAUUUCCGAUGUCAGACUAUUUCCGAAGGUCUGGAAGAAGACCAUAUCGGAGGGGGUCUCCUACCAUCAUGUCUCAAAGAUCCAGUGCCGCUGGAACCGGAACAGGCACAGGAACAGGGACUGGAACCGGUUUUGGAAGGACACGAUCGUUAAAGCCUAGAAACAUCGUUUGUUUGCACGAUAUCAACGAUUUGCUACCGUCUAGACCCGAAUUGGCUGAAGAUUAUGCUAUUUUCGGGGAAGGUCCGGAAGUGUGCGAGCAAAAUGCUGAGGCUGCUGAAAGGCACGGCUACAAAGAUCUGGCAGAUGUCUGGAGAUAUGCUGCGAUGCUUCUCCACAAUGAGGUUCCUCUCGAAGUCUUGGAUCAAACACAUCGGCGAGAACCAAUACUUGUCAUUGCAAAAGAUGCUGUCAGGCGAAACCGCAGCAACAGUGGCUCUGAUAGCGGCCUCGAUCUUUCUUAUGACUUUCGAAGUCGACGAAACAGCCUAUCGGGUAGAGUUAAAUGGGGAACUAAUCCACUUGCCAAACAGCUCAUUAGUGAUCUCUUCGAUCAUUUUGAGCGUCUUGCGGAUGUACAAAUGUUGGCUAUGCUCUCUUGUGUGUUCAGCGAGCCCCUUGCUAAAGACGCAGCUUCACAUGCGGAGCUCUACAUGACCCAGCCUCAAACGCCAAUUUCUAUGAAGACUCCUGCUUUUUCACUCGACUACUUCCCAACCGAUGCCGCGGCAUGGAGCAUGUAUCAAAAAACACCCAUCAAUUCUGUGGUAUCGACUCCGAAAUUCUCUCAUACUCCAUCUGGUUUAUACGGCUCAGUUGGAUCUUCAAACGGUGCAUGGGGAAGUGACCCUGCCUCAACGUCAUACUCAUGUGGGGAAACGCCACCGUUGAGGUCCAAUCGCGCAAGCUCUGAGUUCCUCAGUCAGCAAACCCAGAGUCUGUCAACGUCCCCAGACAAUCCCCGCAGUUUUCGACGAGCCAACUCAGGCAUUGCCCAUAGUUUCGCUGCGAGCUUCUCUAGGCCGUUUGCCAUCACCGCUUCUUCUUCACCUCCAAACCCUCCACCAAGUAGGAAACGGCCAAGUCCAGUGGAGAACAUGUUAAACUCACUUGCCCCCAGCACAAUCACUUGGGGUAAUACGACAGUCCUCGGAAGUGUCAAGGAGCAAACCAUCAAUGAACGGUCUUCGUAUUCUGAUGAUGAAAGCACGAAGGAUGAUUGGAAGCCAUCGAUCUGUACGGGAAUCAGCCUCACCAUGGAGAAUCAAAACGCUUUCGAUGAUGAAGGCUGUAUGAGCACUCCAUUAUUAGAAAUCAGCCAUGCCGCUUUAUAUGCUAGCUAUCGAAGAACUUAUGCCGAGCUCCUCUACAUCUGGGGUCAUCCCUUGGCACGUCUUGAGAUAUUGAAAUUUAAUGGUCUUAAGGACUACUUUACAGAGCAUGAAAUCCCAGAGAAGUCAUUCGCUGCUUCGAUUCUCUCAAACGAUACCCAUAGCUUGAGCCAUGACCCAUCACCUCCAUCCCCGAUCAUACUUGGCAAGAAGGAUCACCAUCUGCAACUACCUCCGUCACCUUUCACUGAUCAAGGUCUCGAUGUAACAGGCUACUGCUUGAAGCAUGACACACGCCUCGAGCCUCUCAUUGGUAGCAAUCUUGGAGGUGCUGUUGGUCGCUGUGAGAAGUGCAAGACUACACAGCGGCAGCUACGCUGCACGAUUUGCAUGGAACCAAUCAGUGCACUUUUCGCACCAUGCCUCUCAUGCGGUUGUGCAGCACACGAAGACUGCUUAUCAGAGUAUCAUACAUCCGGCAACACUCAGUGUCCUGGUGGUUGUGAUUGUGAUUGUGGGAGCAAAGCUAGCGCUGGAGUCGUCGAGGGAUGGGAGGUUAUGAUGGACGCCAUCGAAAGACUGCGGAAUCACGACAAACAUGGCUUGAAAGGAAUCAAAGAUAAUCAGGAUCUAGACGAUUGGGAUGUCGAAGUGAACGCGGACUGGGAACAACAUGUCCCCAGUGGAGGUCUCGGGAAAGGGUACUCGACUCUUAGCAAGAGGCUGGGACAGGUCAGAAGUGGCGACUGGGGUAUGUCGGGCACGAAGAAAAGACCGAGCAGUCUGAGGAAUGAGAAUAUUUGA